CCCUCUGCUAUAUAAAUGCUUGCAAUCGUCUCUCUCCUCUAUCAGGACUCCGCCACAGCCACCGGCCUCUUUCUCUCCUAUUAACACUCCGCCCACUGGUCCGUUCGCCGCCUCCGGCCCUCGUCCUGUUUCCGAACCUCUCUCUGUGGUAUCCCCGUGGACGGUCUUCUUCCAGAAAUUGACUGCCUUUCUUCUUCCCGAUCUCGCUCUUCUUCUUCUUCUUCUUUCGUCUUGAAAUCUAUUUCACCAGUUAUACCUAAGGAAAAAGAAAACCCUAGUUCCUGCUUCCCUUUGUUCCACUGUGGCGUCUCAAGUCCUGAGACGUCCUCUUCAGUCAAGGAUUUCUACUGAUGGUCUUUUCAGGUUACAGGCAAAAUUAAGUUUCUGUCGAUUUUGGGAUCAGCAGAUGGCAGCAGCUGGCAGUGAAAUGUCUUCAAACACCGAGAGUGGUAAAAGCUAUUCACGGAGGGACCGGCUUCUGGAGAUCGAGGGGCUGGUCCAGGAGUGGUGGAAAGAGAAAGACGUUUUUAGAGCUGAUUCUUUAGAAACGCCUCCCAACCCAGGCGAGAAAUUCUUCGGGAAUUUUCCUUUCCCUUACAUGAAUGGCUAUCUUCACCUGGGCCAUGCAUUCUCUCUGUCCAAGCUUGAAUUUGCUGCAGCAUAUCAUCGACUUAGGGGAGCUAAUGUGCUCUUACCCUUUGCUUUUCACUGUACUGGGAUGCCGAUUAAGGCGUCGGCUGACAAACUUUGCCGGGAGAUUCAGAAAUUUGGUAACCCGCCUGCAUUUCAUACUGUUGAAGAGGAGAAAAACGCUGACCCGGAUCCACAACCAGAUGAAUCUGAUGCAGGAAACCAGGGCGCACCUGAUAAAUUUAAAGGGAAAAAGUCCAAGGCAGCAGCAAAGUCAGGAGGAGAUAAGUAUCAGUGGGAGAUAAUGCAAAGUUAUGGCCUCUCAGAUGAUGAGAUAUCCAAGUUUCAGGACCCAUAUUACUGGCUGACUUAUUUUCCCCCUCUCGCUGUAGAGGACCUGAAGGCGUUUGGCCUAGGCUGUGACUGGAGGCGCACUUUUAUCACAACUGAUAUGAACCCAUUCUUUGAUCGAUUUGUUCGAUGGCAGAUGAGGAAAUUGAAGAAGUUGGGUAAAAUUGUCAAGGACCUUAGAUACACAAUCUAUUCCCCUUUAGAUGGCCAGCCAUGUGCUGAUCAUGAUCGUGCUUCAGGUGAAGGUGUCUUACCCCAAGAAUACACUCUGAUUAAAAUGGAAGUUGUUCCUCCUCUUCCUCAAAAGUUGAGUGUGCUGGCAGAUAGGAAAGUAUACCUUGCAGCUGCGACAUUGAGACCUGAAACUAUGUAUGGGCAAACAAAUGCUUGGGUAUUGCCACAGGGGAAGUAUGGGGCUUUUGAGAUAAAUGAAACUGAUGUUUUUAUCUUGACGUACCGGGCAGCUCUUAACCUUGCAUAUCAGAAACUGUCACGAGUCCCAGAAAAGCCUUCUUGUUUGGUGGAGCUGACUGGUAAUGAUUUAAUUGGGUUGCCUUUAAGGUCUCCGUUAGCAUUCAAUGAGGUUAUAUACUCGCUGCCCAUGCUGUCAAUUCUUACUGACAAAGGUACUGGGAUUGUGACUAGUGUGCCUAGCGAUUCGCCUGAUGAUUUUAUGUCUCUUCAUGAUUUGAAAUCAAAACCGGCUUUUAGGGCCAAGUUUGGUGUGAAGGAUGAGUGGAUCUUGCCAUUUGAUGUUAUUCCAAUAAUUAACACCCCUGAAUUUGGAGAUAAACCUGCUGAAAAGGUCUGUGUAGACAUGAAGAUCAAGAGCCAGAAUGAGAGGCAGAAGCUUGAAGAGGCCAAGAAAAAAAUCUACAAGGGAGGGUUCUAUGAGGGAACUAUGCUUGUUGGGGAAUAUGCUGGGAUGAGAGUCCAAGAGGCAAAGAAUUUGAUCAGGAGCAGGCUUCUUGAGCUUGGAGAAGCAGUGAUGUAUAGUGAGCCUGAGAAGAAGGUAAUUUCAAGAUCUGGGGAUGAGUGUGUUGUUGCUUUGACCGAUCAAUGGUACAUCACUUAUGGGGAACCAAAUUGGAGGCAGGAGGCAGAGGAUUGUUUAGCUGCUAUGAAUCUCUUUUCUGAUGAGACUCGGCAUGGCUUUGAGCAUACAUUGAGUUGGCUAAACCAAUGGGCCUGUUCUCGUAAUUUUGGUCUUGGUACUCGAAUUCCUUGGGAUGAGGAGUUUCUUGUAGAAUCCUUAUCAGAUUCAACCCUUUACAUGGCAUAUUAUACAGUCUGCCAUCUGUUACAGAAAGGUGAUAUGUAUGGAUCUGAUACUUCAUCAGUUAAACCAGAGCAACUGACAGAUGAGGUCUGGGAGUUCUUGUUCUGCGGUGGUCCAUACCCUAAAUCUUCAGACAUAUCUUCUUCUCUUCUUAAUAAAAUGAAACAGGAGUUUGAAUAUUGGUAUCCAUUUGAUCUUCGGGUUUCAGGUAAAGAUCUCAUUCAGAAUCACCUCACUUUUUGCAUCUAUAACCACACAGCUCUUCUGCCCAAGCACCAUUGGCCCCAGGGGUUUAGAUGCAAUGGGCACAUUAUGUUAAAUUCCGAGAAAAUGUCCAAGUCUACAGGGAACUUCCGAACACUUCGUCAAGCUAUGGAGGAGUUCUCAGCUGAUGCCACUAGAUUCUCUCUUGCUGAUGCUGGGGAUGGCAUGGAUGAUGCAAACUUUGUAUUUGAAACAGCUAAUGCUGCAAUCUUGAGGCUCACGAAAGAGAUAACAUGGAUGGAGGAGCUUCUUGCAGCUGAGUCAUCUUUACGAAGUGGUCCUCCUUCUACUUAUUAUGACCAUGUAUUUGCUAAUGAGAUAAACAUUGCUGUUGGAACAACAGAGAAGAACUACAGUGAGUAUUUGUUCCGGGAAGCUCUCAAAACUGGAUUCUAUGAUCUGCAGGCUGCAAGGGAUGAGUACAGGUUUUCUUGUGGCACAGGGGGCAUGAACCGUGACCUGCUAUGGCAGUUUAUGGAUGUCCAAACAAGGCUUCUAGCACCAAUUUGCCCGCACUAUGCUGAAUAUGUUUGGAGGAAGCUUUUAAAGAAGGAUGGGUUUGUUAUCAAAGCUGGGUGGCCUGAUGCUGAUUUACCUAAUCUUACUCUUAAAAAAGCCAACAAAUAUUUGCAGGAUUCAAUUGCCUCAAUGAGGAAGCUGCUUCAGAAGCAAGUUUCUGGUUCAAAGAAAGUGAAGGGAAAUGUAUCUGCUCAACCAAACAAACCAAUGAUCGGUCUAAUAUUUGUCAAUGAGCAGUUUGAUGGCUGGAAAAGGGAAUGCUUAAAUAUACUCAGAAGCAAGUUUGACAGCACAACCCUUUCUUUUGCACCUGACAGAGAGAUCUUAGAGGCGUUGCAGCAGAGUUUGAUUGGUCAGGAAACAAAUUUUAAGCAGAUCCAGAAGCUUUGCAUGCCUUUCUUGAGGUUCAAGAAAGAUGAGGUCAUUGCUGUUGGGGUUCACUCCUUGGAUUUGAGGUUGCCAUUUGGUGAGAUGGCUGUUCUGGAGGAGAAUUCAGAGUUGAUCAAGCGGCAGCUUGGUCUUGAGCGUUUGGAGAUUUUGUCUGCCACAGAUCCCGAUGCAGUUAGAAAAGCUGGCACCCAUGCCUCACUGUUAAAUCAGAACCCACCAUCUCCAGGAAAUCCUACUGCUAUCUUCCUCAGCGAGUAAAGCUUAUAUGAACGUGGACUAGAAAUUCUUGUUUAACUCUCCUAAAUUAUUCUUGUUUUUAUACUGCUUAAGGAUAGUUAUUGCCGUUGAGUUUUAUAGAGUGAUGCAACCUUUUGAAAUGCUUUAUGUUGAGAAUGAUGCGUUUUAUUUGAAAUUUUGAGUCCCCUGAGUGGCUACAGUAAUUCUGUAACAAAAGUAGCUUUGUUUUUAUGAUAAAUUGUUUUUGCAUCUUUAUU